AUGUGUCUUACAACCUCAACUACUAUUUCCGACGAGUUGGAAGCAGCUAACAUUGUGACCGAGCUCGGCCGCUGGGACUCGCAGAAAUUCAGACUCCCACUCGCGUACCAGUGUGGUCAUAUUCUACAAGUAGCGCCAGGAGAAUUGGGACUCGGGAUAUACCUGUCAAACCCGAGAAGAUGUGGUCCACGCUCAGAGAAGCAUCAAUACUUAAGGUUCAAGGGGGAAAAAAAGGCGCAUAAGCCAAAAAGAAUGCCCUGCACGAAGCUACGCGACAAGUGGAGUCCAAGCACAAAAUACUUGAAUGAUGAAGAGACGAACCCAGCCGACGAAAAAUAG